CUCUGCUGGUCAGCAUCGGAUCGAGGGCAUAUAUACAGGAUGCAAAGGGGGCAAGAGCAGCGGGCGAUGGAGCUCGUCCUGCCGCCGGGCUUCCGCUUCUUCCCGACGGACGAAGAGCUCCUCACCUGCUACCUCGCCAGGAAGGCCAUGGACGGCAGCUUCACCACGGCAGCCAUCCGCGAGGUGGACCUCUACAAGACAGAGCCAUGGGACCUGCCAUGCGAGCAGCAGGCGGCGGCGGCCGGAGGAGACCUGCACGAGGGCUACUUCUUCUGCACCAGGGGCAGCAAGUCCCCGUCCGGCAUUCGUGCCCGCCGCGCCACACAGCUGGGCUACUGGAAGUCCACGGGGAAGGACAAGCCCGUGCACAGCAGGUCUGGCCGCCUCGUCGUCGGGACGAGGAAGACGCUAGUGUUCUACCGUGGCAGGGCCCCCAGAGGGGAGAAGACUGACUGGGUGAUGCACGAGUACUCCAUGGGCGAGAGGAGGAGCAGCGCCCUCCUCAGAGGAGCACAGAGUGAGUGGGUCAUUUGCAGGGUGUUCACGAGGAAGCAGCAUCCAGUGAUCAGCAACGACAGGAAACUACCGGAAAUGGAGGAGGCUGCCGUGCAUGGGCAUGGCCACCGCUCUCCUGGCCAUCUCCUUGCCACGGAGGCAGCAGACGACGGUUUCGACAGCGAGCAGGAAUCGGCGCCACCGGUCGUCGUCACCGAGACCCAGCAUACAUCAGGAAGCCACAUCGGCGGUGCCCAAGCCAUGGAGGGCGACGACGACCAUUAUCAGCACCGUCAAAUAGCCCAUGAGGAGCUACUGACGACGAUGCACCAUCACCACGGUUCCAGUCGCGUCGUCUCGCCAGCAUGUUGGCUCAACCAGCAUGACGACCGGCUGGGAUCGCAUUAUUAUUGCCCCGCGUUGCCAGUCAUGCAGUCCGACGAUGCGGAUUACUAUCUACCAGAGUUGCUGGAGUACAGCGGUCCGCUGGACACCGGCGGUGAGGAGGACUGCCGUCUCCGUGCUGAGACUCAGUUCACCGCCGUGGGCUCCUCCGAUCACAUCGACGACGGGCUCUACUGGGACAUUGGCUUUUGAAAAGCAAGUUUAUCCUUUGGAUGUUUGCGACCUGAUCACCUGCAUAUGUGUAUAUCCCUAGAUAGAUAGAUCAAAUUGUGAAUGGGGUUAAUGUAAUUAUAUGACUCAACUUCUGACGCACGUGCAUUUAAUUAAGUUUCCAAUCAUU